CUUUGGCCAUCUUUCAGAAUUCAUGGAAGAUGCCCCAAAGACGUCUCUCUCUCCUUGCAAAAGUUCCGAUGACAGUGAUCAUGAUAACCACAAAGGCGGGAGUCCUCCUGUUUCUGCCAGGAGAGCUAGAGCCGGAUUCUCUGAUUCCUUCUCGUGUGAUGAUCUAACAUCCAUAGUUGUCGAGGGGAGUCCAGAAGAGGUCUCCCAGACAGGUGCUCUAGAAGACUGCUCAAGAAGUGCAGAAUCUGAAACAGCUUCUUCUAUAGCCAGCACUUCAGGCUUGGAAGGCCACCAAGAACUACUAGGUCCUGGUGUUCAUUGGCGUGGUUUCAUGCGUUUAUUUAAAGGAUCAGCAAUGAAAUUCCAGCCAUUGCCAUCUCUAAAAAGUGUACCAAAACUCACUAGAAAGAAAAGCAAAAGAAUUAGAGAUUACAUGGUUCCGAACUUGACAUCUACUCUGGACCCUGAAUUAUGCUGCUUGAAAUCUAGCUGGAAGAACUUUGCCCUAUCAGAGCUCGAAGCUGCAACCAAUGAUUUCAGCCAUGAAAAUUUGAUUGGGGAAGGAGGAUAUGCUGAAGUCUACAAGGGACAAUUGGCAGAUGGACAACUUGUUGCAAUCAAAAGACUAACCAGAGGUUCUCCAGAAGAGAUGACAACAGAUUUCUUGUCCGAGCUUGGGAUCAUAGUCCAUGUUGAUCAUCCAAAUAUUGCUAAACUAAUUGGGUAUGGAGUUGAAGGCGGCAUGCACCUUGUUCUUCAAUUGUCUCCCCAUGGAAGCUUAGCAUCCUUACUUUAUGGCCCAAAGGAGAAAUUGGAUUGGAAAACUAGAUAUAAAGUGGCUCUAGGGACUGCUGAGGGUCUCUUCUACCUGCAUGAAGGGUGCCAAAGAAGGAUUAUCCACAAAGACAUCAAAGCUUCUAAUAUAUUGCUCACAGAGGAUUUUGAAGCUCAGAUUUCUGAUUUCGGGCUUGCAAAGUGGCUACCAGAUCAAUGGACUCAUCACACUGUAUCAAAAGUUGAAGGCACAUUUGGUUAUCUUCCUCCUGAGUUCUUCAUGCACGGCAUUGUCGAUGAAAAAACUGAUGUCUAUGCUUAUGGGGUCCUACUAUUAGAACUCAUCACAGGAAGGCAAGCUUUGGAUAGUUCACAGCAUAGCCUUGUCAUGUGGGCCAAACCUUUGAUCACUAAGAAUAAUAUCAAGGAACUUGUUGAUCCAACUCUUGGUGACGCGUAUGACGAGGAACAGUUGAACCGUCUGGUCUUGACUGCUUCUUCAUGCAUUCAUCAGUCCUCAAUUAGCCGACCCCAAAUGAGCCAGGUUGUGCAGAUUCUAAAGGGUGAUAAUUGUAAACUAGAGCAGAUGAAAAAACGUCAAAUGUCUAAACUUCAAAGGACAUAUUCUGAGGAGCUCCUUGAUGCAGAAGACUACAAUUCAUCCAAGUACCUAAAUGAUCUGAAUCGGCACAUGGAGAUUGUUAUGUCCCCCUGCAAUGAUUCUUAGGACCUUGUGUCAGCCACAGGAAAGGAUUCAGCAACACGAAGUCCUAGAGGUUUUGAAAUUUUAGUUGUGCUUGAUUUUGGAGCUUGAUGGUCUCGUAGCGAGCUCGAGAA